CCUGAAACUGCAGAACAUUUAAAUUAAAAGUCCACACAAGUAAGAUUAGUAUGUUUCUGCUGCUGCUUCAUCUGCUCUUGAUCUCAGGUCUUGGAGCAACAGGACAAGGCGAAGAGCUGCAAAGGAACAAGAGGAGAAUUCAGCACCUUUCCAACCAAAAUAAAGAUUUGCUUGAAAGAGAGGGCCCUAGCAAGUUGCUGGUGCAAGAUCCCAUGGACUAUGAAGAAAUCCUAGAAGAACCAAGUUUAUUUGUAGCAGCCCCAGAGCUGGCAACAGAGAGCAGGAAGCAAGGAGAAAAAAAAUCAUCCAGAUUUAUCCUUCCAUAUGUAGAGCUUGAUGUGCACCGAGAUCUGGGAAGCUGGACUGCACCAAAAGAGACCUCCCAUUCUGAAAGCAUGAGACAUUUCCUACCUUCACACUCAUUCAACAAGAAGGAAGCUGAGCCCCCGUACAGGAAAGAUGCUAAAAAAUUCUGGGACCAUUUCAUGUUUAAAAAAAAUUCAGCUUCUGAGGAGGUUGUUCUGCCAAUCAAGACCAAUGAGAUGUACCAGGAGACCUGCAGGACGCUGCCUUUUUCCCAGAGUAUUGUGCAUGAGAACUGUGAAAAGGUGAUGGUGCAGAACAACUUGUGCUUUGGGAAGUGUAGUUCCUUUCACGUCCCUGGCCCAGAAGAUCGUCUUUACACCUUUUGUUCCCACUGCUUGCCUACCAAGUUCACCAUGAAACGCUUGGAACUGAACUGCACCAGGUCUGUUGCCGUUGUUAAGGUGGUCAUGAUUGUGGAGGAUUGCAAGUGUGAGAUUCAGAAGAUUAAAGAUUCUGAUAUAGGACCCCUACAUUCAGACUUACAUUCAAAUGUAUAUGAGCACAAUUAACCUGCUCAAAAGCACCUUUAAACUCCAUAAUCAUUAGCAUCUGCAAGGAAAAAAAAACCCUAUGAUUUUAGUCAAACACCUUCAUCAACCAUGUGAAGAUGUAGAUUAUCUCUUUACAUCAUGUAUAAUGUUACCUGAAAUGUAUAAGAUGUUUCUCUGUGUGAAUGAGAGGGAGGGGGAAGCAUGGUGUGGAAGUCUAAUCUCUUCAAAAUGUUUCCUUCUUGCUACACUGGGUCAGUUCCACUGGUGUCAGCGAAGAUCCCGAACAUAUAUGAACCAAAAGCUAUCACCACUGUUUUAAAACACCAUGUUGAUUAGACCUGCUCAG